UUGACCUUUGACACGAUAUUCAGCGAAUUGAACUGAGUCGACAGGGAACGUGCAAACUUUGCUUUCCAAGUUCGUGAGAAAUUCACUUCAUUUUGCAAGAGAAAUCAGCGGAAUUGAGACGAUGUCUUUUGUCACAAAGGUGAUACACAGGGGUUUGACCACCUCUGCGUUGAGGAUGGCAGCCAUAAAGAACGUAACGGUCAUCGGCGGCGGACAAAUGGGUGCGGGAAUUGCGCAGGUUGCCGCCCAGACAGGACAUCAUGUGACCGUGGUCGACCAAUCAGAGGAAAUCCUUGCUCACUCCAGACUGACGAUAGAGCGGAGUCUGGCCAGAGUCGCAAAGAAGAAAUUUGGGGAAGAUGCUAAGGCAGCUGAAACAUUCACAAAGAAUGCAAUGUCUCUCAUUGACGUAAACACAGAUGCGUUAGCCGCCGUAGCAAAGACAGAUCUGGUGAUUGAAGCCAUCGUAGAAAACGUCAAAGUCAAACAAGAGCUGUUCAGCCAACUUGACAAAGUAGCCCCUGCAGAGACUAUCUUUGCCAGCAAUACCUCAUCAAUUCCUAUCUCAGACAUUGCCAGUGGUACCGACAGAAGAGAUCGGUUCGGCGGAAUUCACUUUUUCAAUCCUGUGCCUGUUAUGAAACUCGUCGAGGUCGUCAGAACACCAGAACAGAGUGAAGCGACGAUUAAAACUCUCACAGAGUUUGUUGUUAAGUUAGGCAAAGUGCCAGUUGCAUGCAAAGAUACUCCGGGAUUCAUCGUCAACAGACUACUCGUACCCUACAUGAUGGAAUCUAUCAGACUUCUAGAAAGAGGUGAUGCCUCGGCAAGAGACAUUGACACCGCGAUGAAGCUAGGUGCUGGUUAUCCAAUGGGGCCCUUUGAGUUAGCGGACUAUGUGGGCCUUGAUGUCACCAAAUUCAUCAUUGAUGGAUGGCAUGAGAAGUACCCAGAUAAUCCAAUCUUCGAACCCAGUCCGCUCCUGGACAAGAAGGUGGCAGACGGCAAACUGGGCACAAAAACCGGCGAGGGGUUCUACACCUACGGCAAGAAAUAGAUCCAACCGCUGGUCUCAAACAAAAAUUCGUUAUAUAGUCUGACUCAUCAGCAAGGUUAAAGGCAUAUAGGAUCAUUUGCAUUAUUCCAAAAUGUUACCUUCUAAAUUAUUAUCAAAAAAAGUUUACUUGGAUUAAAGAUGGUAACUGGUAUUAAACACCCUGUGAAAUUAUUCCAUCUGGCUUGCUGUCAUUUAGAAGAAAUCAAGAAAUGUAGGUGAUUUCCAACGAUCAGUCAGUUGAUUGAUUUUUGGAAAUAAAGAGUUUUAUUUACGGAAUAGUGUUUCCUGAUCAAAAUUUUGCAUGGUUUUUCACUGUUUUUUUUUCGAUAUAGUGUAAACCCACUGAGCUGAAACUUCAACAGAUUCGGUUUUGAACAUUCUUCUUUGGAUUUUGAGUGGUGUUAUUUCUGGGAACGAACAAAAAAUGCACGAAAAGCAAAUGAUCCUAUAUGCCUUUAAUGAUGUUGAAACUUUUUGCUGCCUGAUAAACUUUUUAUACCAUUGAUAGAUUUGGUUUUGCAGAAUCUCUGAGUUAUCGUAUGAGGCUUUGACCAGCAGUAACAUUAGAAAGGGGUACAGAAUUAAAAAUCAGAAUCCAUUUCAGUGUAAAUUUGUCCUCAAAAGUAUGUGACGAGCUAAACGCUGGAUCUAUCAUCAUGUUUCCAGAAAGUUGCAGACGCCCUCAAUUGUCCCAUAGUAGUUGUUCAGAAAUAAAACAUACACGUGUAAAUUCGAUUGGUGAUAAAAUUUGUUGAAGAACACGAACAGAUCUUCUUUAAUCCUAACCUUCCCGAAUCCUACAAAAUCCUCAAAAUUUUUGGACUUUGCAGGAUUGAGGCUAUAUGGCAAAAGUGUGUAGCUGAUUUCGAACGAUGCACUGUGUCGCGGUCUUGGGCCAGACCUUGUGUUGUUUAUGCUCAGCCUUGCAGAAAUUUAGGGCCACAUUAGACUUGAAAUCCUCCGCAUUGCUCCAGGAUGUCACUGGCUCUGCCUCAAACAUAUUGACAGUGAUUGCUGGAGGAUUUUGCAGGAUUGAGGCAAGUGGUCACCCCUCCAAGGACCACAUUCAAGAAAUAACGGAGGAUUUUGCAGGAUUGAGGCUGUAUGCUAUUUUCACAUGGAGGCAGUUGGAGGAUUUUGUAGGAUUGAGGUAACAUCCUAGCAAAUCUACUUCAGGAGCUAGAGUUAAGUCUACAUCCUCAAAUACUAAACACUAUAUUGGAAUACAAGCUCGUACAUUUUUUGUAUUUUUUGUUUUUAAACAAAAAAUACAAAAAAUGUACUGGCUUGUUGCUCCUCAGUGAGUUUCAAUUUUUUGAAAAAGAAAGAAAAUAGACUUCAUAUCUUUCAGUUGAUGUGUGUGAUGACAUUAGAUUAUAUGAAUCUUUAAAAGUUGGAGUACUUGUAAUAGGUAACUUUUGGAGUAAUUUCUGUACAAAUUUAAUUUCUGGAGACAACUGUAUAGAUUGAAAAACUUUAAUUUGCACAGUUUUUACAAAAUAAACUGUGUCUAAUUGUUGAAUAGUCUAAAUUUGCGAAAAAAUCUUGAGUUCGAAAAAGGAAAGGAAAGAAAAUUUACUUGUGCCUUAUGUAUAUAGGAUCGUAAGCAUCCGAGUGGUAAGAUACCUCAUCAGAAAAACCAGUUGAAUAAUUGCAAAUAAAAUUUGCAUUUGUGUUUUUGUUUGAAUAAACUUAAAUCACUAGCUUUUUGUUACGUCAUGUUUACAGGUAAUUUUAUACGAUGUGCUAUAUUUGACAGUCUCGGUUUUCAGUUGUUGUUUUAUCGUUAGAAAGGUUGCAUGCGAAUAAAGUGUUAGAUUAUGAGGGGAA